UCUCGGGCGUUGAUGAUAUAUAUUUUUUUGCCAGUUUCAAAGUAUGAAACAUAAGAAUAUUAUUUGUUUUAUAUUUUAUUUUAUUUCUACCUACGUGACUUUACCGAAAGAAUCAAAGAGUAUGGAUUCCUGCAGUCACGAAAGCUUCAAACCAAGAUAAGAAUAGGAUUUACGCCUUUCUGUAAAUAAAACUUGUUAAGGUGUGUUAAGCUGUAUUCAAAUGCUUGAGAGAAUUCUGACUAGCAUGAGAGUUAAAUGAAUACUAACAAUCUGAUUUGAAACACUAUUACUUUGCAUUGCAAUUCAGUCCAGUUAAACUAUGUAAUGUUGUGGUCGGUCAACUAUUGUUGUUAAAAUUGUAACAUCGGAUUCACUGCAGUAAAUUAAUUUUGUCAACUUAUGAUCCUGGGAGUAUUUAGGUCAAAUUCUCUCCAUACUCUAAUUAGUUUUUGUAGUCAACAUCUGUUGGUGAUCCUAAGCCAUAAAUGGAAAUUGCACCUACAUAUGACAGUGGCUAGUCUUCGUAAGAUUUUCCACAAAAUGCCACUCAUUUUAUCAACAACAAAAAUAAUGAUGGCCUGCUUCGCUCACCAACUGGGAAUUAACUUACUCCAUUCUGAUUGAAGAGUAAUAUAAAUCUAAAUUAUCUGCAAACCCAAAUUGUAAAAAUGUUUUGCAUGAUGUUGGGUUUACAUGUGUAAUGCGGGCGCGGGCGACCUCCCGGAUGUGACGUCACGGAGAGGUGGAGUUAGGUGACGUGGGAGCAAGGUUAAGGUUCUUAAGAGAUGAGACCGGAAGAGGAGGGCAGAACGAGUGAGACUGGACCAGAGUAAGGCCACGUGGGCAAAGCCAGAAGGGGUGGCACGGCGGCCAGCGGUGGCCAGCUAAAGGAACAGCCAGCGGACCUGAGAGGGAGAGACAGCAGUGGGGCUGCUGGAGAGAAGGCGGUCGGGGAGCCGCAGUGAACACAGCCGGCGAGGCUGUGUGUGAGGGAAAGGCUACAAGAGCAACGAGAGGAGAGAGAGAGGCUACGAGAGCGACGAGAGGAGAAACUGCAGAGAGAACAGCCAGUGGGGGCUGCGUGAGGAUAACAGCCAGCAAGGCUACAACGACGACGGGAGACCAACAGAGGAACUGUUGGCGUGACGGAGUUAACAGCAGUAUCAGUGUCGGUAUAGAAGUCUAAUAAAAGGACAGCCGUGUGGGUUACGAGGAAGGACCGAAUAAAGGACACCAAGCCAGACUUCGUGGUCGAGUCCUUUAUUACAUUGGUGUCGGAAGUGCAACGGCAUGUCGAAACAAGUGAGAAAGAAAAAUGUUCCAGCGCCAGCAUCGGCUUCUUCGUCCGAAGACGAAGACUUCCCUCCAAACAUGUAUCCUGCCGGGGUGGUGGAGGAGUGCCCUGCUGAAACGAGUGCGGGGACGGGAGUUGAAGAUGUAGCCGCAGUGUCAGGGCCGCCGACAACAUCAGACGCUGAUCUGCGAUGGCUGCAGGUGGCGGAGCAACUGGAGACUCUCAAGGAUGUCCUGGGCCAAUUGUGUCAUCUCGUCACCCCAAGGACGGCGACGGAGAGAGCGGAGAGUGCUCCACAGGCCGCCACGGUAUCUUCACUCCCGGCGCCAUUGGCCACGCGGCAGGAGGCCGCCAUCUUGCGCGUUCCGCGGCGGGAAACCGCCAUCUUGACCACGCCGCGGUUCGACGCCAUUUUGAAUUUGCCUCCGGAGGAACCAUCGGCGGAGGGCGGAGUAAAGCGGAGUCGGAGUCGCCAUCUCACCACGGUCAAAGAAUUCGCCAUUGGGGGCGACUGGAGCGCUUUCGCCUGCAGAUUUUUGGCGGCGGUCCGUUCUGCGAGAUGGACCGAUGCUGAGGCCUUAGAAGUGUUACCGACUCUUCUGGACGACGAAUCUGUUCGUUUUUUUCGCUCCAUUAGGGCCGAGAAGAAGAGGACUUUAUACGGAGUUUUUCAAGAAAUGGCCGACGCCUACGAGCCACCUGACGACGCGCAUCGGCGAUUCGCUCAACGACAACGAGCGCCCGAGGAGUCGCCUGUGGCGUACAGGGGUGCGGUGCUUGAUUUGGCUAUGGCCGCGUAUCCAGAUACAACACCUGACCUGCUCGAGCCUCUCAUCUUGGGCAAGAUGCUCGAGCUGUCGCGGGAUCUUGGGAUUCCCAAGCCGGUGUGCGGGCAUGAGAAGCUCACCUCCCGGGCGGCGGCGAAAUGUCUCGAUGCGCAAUUCAACCUACGACGGUGGAAACAAGUUGCGGCGUGGACAGGGGGGCCCGUUGCAGAGGGUGGCGCUCUGGGAUGGGACCCUACGAAGUCGGUAUACGUGCCGGAUGGGGGGGGCCCUCAGGAGCUGACGGCCGCCUCGGGGCCAUGGUCAAGCCGCGGUGGACCGGCCUCUCGUGCUGCACCAUCGAUACGAGGCCGGCGCGAUGCAAGGCCUGCGCUUCGGCGCAACGACGCCGAUUGUUUCCGCUGCGGACGGAGGGGCCACUACGCAAAGGACUGCUGGGCCCGCAUCCCGGGUCCGCCGCAACAGGAGGCCUCAUUACCGGCCAAGCCGCCCAAGGAUCCACCGAAACAGGCAAGCCGGCCUUGACACCGGAGGGGACGAGGCGCCCUGCUCGGAGGGUGCCUGCCAGAUCUACGGGUCCUUCGAGCCCUGCAGCCCUUCCGACCCCGCUGCAGACACAUCCGCGGGACACGCCCAAGACUGAUCCUUCAGGGACACGGGACGUUGGUGGACUUCCAACAGCGACAGGGGGAUUUCACCCUGUCGCUCCUCAAACUCAAUCACGUUCCCGUUCCGCGGAUGGGCCGCCGACCGUCCGGGACGGGCCGGCGACCCGCACACGCUCUAAAUCCCUUGUGUUUCGUUGAUUGUUAUGUUGCGUUGUUCUUACUGUGUAUUUAUUGCCUGCUUCUGCUACGUUAUUUGAUUGUUGAGUUGUGUUGAUUGUUCUUACUGUUAUAUUGCAUGCUUGGUGUCCUUUGGUGUGUUACGCUCGGGUUCGCCCGCAUUACUGUUGGUGUUGUUCAGCCGAGGUCGGCUGGGUUUUUCUCCACGGGGGAGGGUGGUGUAAUGCGGGCGCGGGCGACCUCCCGGAUGUGACGUCACGGAGAGGUGGAGUUAGGUGACGUGGGAGCAAGGUUAAGGUUCUUAAGAGAUGAGACCGGAAGAGGAGGGCAGAACGAGUGAGACUGGACCAGAGUAAGGCCACGUGGGCAAAGCCAGAAGGGGUGGCACGGCGGCCAGCGGUGGCCAGCUAAAGGAACAGCCAGCGGACCUGAGAGGGAGAGACAGCAGUGGGGCUGCUGGAGAGAAGGCGGUCGGGGAGCCGCAGUGAACACAGCCGGCGAGGCUGUGUGUGAGGGAAAGGCUACAAGAGCAACGAGAGGAGAGAGAGAGGCUACGAGAGCGACGAGAGGAGAAACUGCAGAGAGAACAGCCAGUGGGGGCUGCGUGAGGAUAACAGCCAGCAAGGCUACAACGACGACGGGAGACCAACAGAGGAACUGUUGGCGUGACGGAGUUAACAGCAGUAUCAGUGUCGGUAUAGAAGUCUAAUAAAAGGACAGCCGUGUGGGUUACGAGGAAGGACCGAAUA